AUGGCACUCCCGGCAUCCUGCACGGUGCUGGUGGUCGGUAGCGGCAAUGCUGGGUUCAGCGCCGCGGUGGCUGCCCGACAGGCGGGGGCGCGACAUGUAGUCCUGAUUGACAAAUGCCCUGAGGCUUGGGCUGGGGGAAACAGUUACUUUACGGCCGGGGCCUACCGCACGGUGCAUGCGGGGGCGGAGGACCUGCUGUCGUUGGUCAACAACGUGGACGAAGGCACGGCGAAACGGAUCGACUUGGAGCCGUACACGGCGCAGGACUUUGCGGCCGACAUGCACCGGAUCUGUGGCGGGCGGGCGGACCCGGCCCUGACCAGGGUGCUGAUCGAGGAUUCCAAGUCGGCGAUCCAAUGGCUGGCGGCCAACGGGGUCCGGUUCCAGCUGUCCUUCAACCGGCAGGCGUACGAGGUCGACGGCCGGCUCAAGUUCUGGGGCGGGCUCGCGCUCAAGACGCAGGACGGCGGCAAGGGCCUCAUGGCCGACCACCAGGCCAAUGCGCGUCGGUACGGCGUGGUCACGUUCUACUCGACGGCGCUGGAACGGCUACUCACCCACCGGAGCACGGGCGCGGUAGAAGGCGCGGUGGUGCGCUGUCGCGACGGCAGCCAGGCCACGAUCCAGACGGGUGCGGUGGUUCUGGCGGCGGGCGGGUUCGAAAGCAACCCGCGGUUGCGGGCGCAGCUGCUAGGACCGGGCUGGGACCUGGCCUCGGUGCGCGGCACGCCGUACAACACGGGCGAGGUGCUGGAGAUGGCGAUGCGCGACGCACACGCGCAACAAGCCGGCCACUGGUCGGGAUGCCACUCGGUGGCGUGGGACGCGGCCGCACCCGCCCACGCCGGCGACCGCGAGGCGUCCAACGAGCUCACCAAGUCCGGCUACCCGCUGGGGCUGAUGGUGAAUAUGCGCGGCGAGCGCUUCGUCGACGAGGGCGCCGACCUGCGCAACUACACCUACGCCCGGUUCGGCCGCGCGAUCCUGAUGCAGCCAGCCCAGCGCGCCUGGCAGGUCUGGGACCAGCGCGCCGUCCCCUGGCUGCGGCCUGAGGAGUACCGGCCGCAGCGGGCGCGACGCAUUGCCGCAGCCUCGAUCCGCGAGCUGGCCGACAAGCUGGCCGCCGUUGAGUUUGGCCUUGACCCGGACCCCGUCUGUCGCCGCGCCUUCGUCGACACCCUGGAGCAGUACAACCGCGCCGUCUACGCCUUCCAGGCCGAGUCGCUCGGCCGGAAAUGGGACCCGUCCGUCCGCGACGGCAACUCGACCCAGUCGCGCGCGCUCCAGCUGCUGCUGCCCAAGUCUAACUGGGCCCUCCCGCUCGAUCGCCCGCCCUUCGUGGCCGUGUUGGUCACCUGCGGCAUCACCUUCACCUUCGGCGGCCUCGCGGUCGACCCGCACACCGCCCACGUCGUCUCCGCCUCCUCCGCCACCCGCGGUGAGGUCGGCAAUCUCUUCUGCUGCGGCGAGAUGCUCGGCGGCCUGUUCUUCGACAACUAUCCCGGCGGCACCGGUCUGACAGCCGGAACCGUCUUUGGACGCAGGGCCGGCACCGCGGCGGCUACGGUUGCAAAUGGAGGAGGAAGAGGAGGAGGAGAACAGUCGUACGCGCGCGUCCAGGCAAAGCUGUAG